CACAAGUUGUUAGUCUUGCAUUGGCGUUGCUGCUGAAACCAUUUCAACUCGCACAUUUCUCGUUCAAACUUUUUUAAAUCAUGGCCCUUUCGUACUACGACCCUUUGUCGGACUUGUAUUUGGGUGUACCUUGUCCUAGAGAUCCUUGGGGUGUUUGCCAAUGGAGUCCAAUGGCCCGUUGGGGAGAAUCGCUGGUGCCGAAGGUCUUGAGCGUUCCUCUCGUAAAAUAUUCAGCGAAUGAAAUUGUCAGCGAUAAGGAAAAAUUCCAGGUGACUCUCGACCUUGGUGACUUCAAGUCCAACGAGAUCAACGUGAAACUGGUCGACCGAUCCUUGGUGGUUUGCGCCGAACACGAGGAAAAGCCGGACGAGUAUGGACACAUUUAUCGUCACAUUAAGCGCAGUUAUUUCCUCCCACGUAACGUCGACUGCGAUAAGUUGAACGCAACUUUAUCGGACAACGGAACUCUGGUAGUCUGCGCUCAAAAAAAGGCGAUUGAAGCGGGAAGUGAGCGUAAAAUUGAAGUCAAACAGCUGGCGCCCGAGUCUAAAUCGCAGUCGCAAGUUUCUCAGAAGACCGAGAAGGAAACUGGAAAGGCUAAGGGGACUAAUAUCCCCGUGACUCACGAAACCGGCAAGAAGGCUUGAUUAGUGAAAAUCGACUCAAAUCGUACUGUGGAUCGAAAUGUUGUGAUCAAAAUUCAUUCAUUAAAAAAUUAACUUGGAAAUGUAUUCUGUUUUGUUUUGAAAAGGAGACGGAAGAAUGGGAAAUAAAAUUCUGAAUUACUCUAA